AUGUCGUUGCUCAACGACUCAUUCACCAGGCCCCGGAUGCCGUCGCCGUCACCAAGUUUUGCACGCAUGACGGCGGCCAUCAGCAUUCCUGGCUCUAGGGGCAGCCCAGCAUCCACACCCUCCUACCUCAAUGCCUCCCUCCAGUCGACACCAGAGGGCAUUGUGCCUAUCAUGUCGAGCUCGCUACCGGCCGUGCCGUCCUAUAGCCUCCCCGAUGCGCUUCUGCCGCCACCAAUGACAGCAGCGCCUACUUCGUCUCCAUCUGCCAUGGCUGAGGCUCUCGGCAAAGGACCUGGUCUGAUCCGAAGGGUCAGCCGCGGUGCGCAAGGCAUCCCAAACAGGUUCCGCCGGAACAACUCGCAGGCACACCGAGAUCGAAGUCAAGGACCAGUCGUCAUGCGCAGACGAAGUGACAGCAGGACAGCCGCCGACGGCGAGGCCUGCAUCUCGGACUUUGACGCAUUCGAAGAGGAGGACGCAAUCGACGAUGCAUAUGGCGAGCCCAUCAACGCGCUGGGCAUCUCGAGUACCCAGCCCAGUGUUAGCUCAAUACCAGACUCAGCAGUCGUAGCACCGGUGCGCAACUCCCGCUUAGAGCAAGGGACCGUUUUGAGGAAGGUCACAAAGAAGGAGAAGAAGGAAAUCAACUUGCGCCUCGAUCUAGAAUCGGCAAAGGUGUUCUGGGACCCUUCUCGACCAUCGAAGUGCUUCUACAUCGACGAUGUAAGACAAAUUCGCUCAGGACUGGAGGCCAAGCACUACCGUGAAGAAGUUGGUCUAUCAGAAGCUUGGGCACCCUACUGGUUCACCAUCGUAUACACCGACACAUCACGUACCAAAGGUCGGAUACGGACUAUGCACCUGAUUGCACCUGAUAUUGGUGUAUUCAACAUGUGGACUGAGACACUCGAGUCAGUCUCACGCAACCGAAUCGAUAUGAUGGCGGGCCUGUUGGGCUUUGCGGAUAAGAGUGCGAAGCUUGUUUGGCAACGCGAGAUGAAGAAGCGCUCAAAUGGCGUCGAAGCACCUGACUCUCUGGACUUCCCAAGCACUAUCGAGCUGUGCCGUAGUCUGCACAUCAACUGCACAGAAGCAACUCUGCGCAUCUACUUUAACAAGGCCGACACUCUCAACACCGGUAGACUGAACCAGACGCAGUUCUUGUACUUCGUCAGGCGCCUGAAGGAGCGCAAGGACAUCAAGCAGAUCUACAAGUCUUUCCAGUCAGGAUCGAAAGUAGAGAUGGACAAGAUCACUUUCUUUGCCUUCUUACAGCACGAGCAGGGUAUCGACGUUACAGAGGAUCCGGACUACUGGUCGAACACCUUCGAGAAGUUCGCACGUGCCACGAAGACAAAGCAGACCCCAGCAGAAGGCGGCGAGAUCCCACUCCCACUUACGAUGAGCUUCACUGCGUUCCAGACAUUCUUGACCUCGCCUGCAAAUUCGGUCAUCAAGCCAGUCGAGAAGGAUCUGCAGCUCCAUCGCCCUUUGAACGAGUACUUCAUCUCCUGUUCCCACAACACCUAUCUGCUUGGACGCCAAGUCGCCGGGGAGUCUAGCACUGAAGCCUAUAUUACAGCACUCCAGAAGGGAUGCCGUUGCAUUGAGAUCGACUGCUGGGAUGGCAGCGAUGGAAAGCCCGUCGUCAUGCAUGGUCGCACCUUGACAUCGAGCAUCUCCUUUCAAGACACAAUCAAGGUUGUCAACAAGUAUGCCUUCGUCGAGUCUCAAUACCCACUCAUCCUGUCACUCGAGGUACACUGCACUGCAGACCAGCAGGCAGCAAUGGUCAAGACAAUGUGUGAAGAGUUUGGGGACAAGCUGGUCCUCAAGCCUUUGGACUUCCAUUCUCAGACUCUGCCCUCUCCGGAGGAACUGAAGAAUAGAGUUUUGAUCAAGGUCAAAGCUGCCUCAGAAGAGUUGGACGCCAAAGCUUUGACCAAUGAGCUGACGACAAAGAGACGCGAACGAAGCUUCAGCUCGCCGUGGUCUCGACCUAUCCAGUUGAACGACGCCAUCAUCCCCAACUCACCUCUCAUAUCAAGCCCGCCGUCCAUGAGUCCUCCAGAACGCUCAAAUAUGUUCUGGGCAUCACCUCGCACCUCGACCACCUCGACAAACAACACUGUACCGACUUCAGCACUUGUCAGCUCAGCUGAAGACAGCGACAGCCCGCAAGUGACCGCGGCAGAGGAGCGCAAGAAGCAGCCUAAGAAGAAUAAGACCAGCAACAUCACAAAACUUCUUGGGGACCUCGGUGUUUACACCAAAGGAUACAAAUUCACCGACUUUACAUCCAGCGAUGCACAGACAUAUAACCACAUUUUCUCGGUCAACGAACGUGCAUUCGAGAAGAUGACCAAGCCUGGCUCACGCGAGAAGCAUCUUCUUGAGGCGCAUAACAUGCGCUGCCUGAUGCGCGUCUACCCACAUGCAUUCAGAAUCAACUCAUCCAACUUCGACCCUCUCAAGUUCUGGAGACGCGGAGUACAGAUGGCUGCGCUCAACUGGCAGACCUACGACCUUGGACAGCAGCUCAACGAAGCCAUGUUUGCUAGUGGCAACGACCGCACAGGCUAUGUACUGAAGCCUGCGGACCUGCGCCUGGAACAGACACCCACCCAGGGUCACAGCAAAGCACCUAAGAAGGAAGUCAAGUUUGCUGUAAAGAUCAUCUCUGCUCAACAGCUGCCACGUCCUCGGGGCCUUGCUCAGGAUGCCAACAUCAACCCGUACGUCGAGUUUGAGAUGUACAGCGCCGAAGACAACGGUGCCAAUGCUGUCGGUGUUGGCGGACAAGAUGCUUCUGCACGCAACGGUCACUCGGGCAUCGGCAACCCUCUCCGCAAGCGAACUCGCAUUGUUGAGGGCAACGGAUACAAUCCGGUGUUCGACAGCGAACUGCAGUUGACCGUUCGCACGAGAUUUCCGAGUCUAGUCUUUGUGCGCUGGACCGUCUGGAACUCGCUCGAUGCGCGCACUACCAACCAUGCGCCGCUCGCUACUUUCACUGCCAAGCUCAACAGCCUUCAGCAAGGCUACCGUCAUUUGCCUCUCUUCGACAGCAACGGCGAACAGUACUUGUUCUCCACUCUAUUCUGCCAGAUCAAGAAGCAGGAUGUUGUGGACGCUCCAGAGCAGGUAUUGGAGCGCACUGGCUCCCGCAGGUCAUCCAUCGAGCCUGCCAGUCCCUCAAUCGAGGCCAUCAACGCCAAUCCGAAGCGCAACUUCGUCAGGCGCUUGAUCAGCCGAGCUCCCAGCGCGGGCAGCAGGCGCAAAGAGGAACGAAUCACUAGCGAGUCUCGCGAGUCAGAUUUAGACUUGAUGAGUCGCUCAAGCACGUUUGAGCGAUAA